AAAAUGUCCGUCCCCCUCCGCUCACUCCCUGCUGCUCCGUGCGCUGCGGCGGGGAGCGAACCGCGCCGGGCCGGGCCGGGCCGCCGCUCCCCGGGGGCACCGCGACCCGCCGCGCUGGGCCGGGCCCCGGGCGCGGAGCGCGGCCGGGGGAGGGCCGGGGCCAGGAAAUGAGGCAGGAAGCCGGGGCGGCGGGAGGAAGGUAACGGCGCUUCCCUCCGCCCCUGCUCGCCGCAGCCCCUCUCCCGGCCGGGCCUCGCCCGCCGCGGCCGCAGGGCCCCAGCCCCGGAGCGUCGGUCCCGGCUCCGAGGGACCCCGAGCCGCAGCUCUCGUGUAUCCAGGUCCUUCCGCGUCGCCGUUACCCGGAGCCGGGGAGCUCCCUGUUCACCUCCUGCUGAGCUGAGCCCAGCUGAGCUGGGGAGAUAAUGGAGCUCAGGGCAGUGGUGGCCACUCUGGAGAGCGGGGAGCAGGACACCGUGCUCAGGGUGCUUCAGAUCUACAACCAGGAGAAAUCUCAGUGCUUCACCUUUGACGACGAGGAGCGGGAAGAGAGGAAGAAAAUGGCCCAGCUGCUGAUCAGGUUCCUGGAGAGAGAGCUGCAGCCGUCCUGCCAGGUCACCUGCCUGGAGAGCAUCCGCAUCCUGUCCCGCGACAAGUUCUGCCUGGAGCCCUUCACCACCAAGGACGGGCUCCGGACCCUCUCCAGGCACGCUGGCGUCGACCACUCCGAGGAGCUCAUCCGGGAGGUCCCCGACUUGGAUGUAAUCCUGGAGUCCCUCAAGUGUCUCUGCAACAUCGUCUUCAGCAGCCCGCGGGCGCAGGAGCUGGCGGCGGAGGCGCGGCUCGUGGUGGGCCUGGCCAGGCGCAUCAAGCUCUACAACGAGAGGAGCCUUCCCCAUGAGGUGAAGUUCUUUGACCUGCGCCUCCUGUUCCUGCUGACAGCGCUGCGGGUGGACACGCGGCAGCAGCUGGCCCAGGAGCUCAGGGGUGUCAGCCUCAUGGCAGAUACGCUGGAGCUCACCCUUGGUGUGAAGUGGAUGGACCCCUAUGAAGUUGCCACCGAGGAGGGGCUUCUCCCACCUUUGCCUCGGCAGGAGACAGAGCGAGCCAUGGAGAUCCUCAAAGUGCUCUUCAACAUCACUUUCGACUCCAGCAAGAGGGAGGUGGAUGAGGAAGAUGCUGCUUUGUACCGGCACCUGGGGGCCCUCCUGCGCCACUGCCUCAUGAUCUCUGCUGAUGGAGAGGACAGGACAGAGGAGUUCCACAGCCACACAGUUAACCUUCUGGGAAACCUGCCCCUGAAGUGUCUGGACGUGCUCCUCACGCCCAAAGUGCGGCCCGGCUCCCUGGAGUACAUGGGUGUCAACAUGGAUGCAGUCAGCAUCCUGCUGGACUUCCUGGAGCGCCGCCUGGACAGGGGACACAAGCUGAAGGAGAGCCUGACCCCUGUGCUGAACCUGCUGACAGAGAGCGCCCGCGUCCACCGCCAGACCAGGAAGUUCCUGAAGGCAAAGGUGCUGCCUCCGCUGCGGGACGUGAGGAACCGGCCGGAGGUGGGGAACUCGCUGCGGAACAAGCUGGUGCGGCUCAUGACCCACAUCGACACGGACGUGAAGCACUGCGCUGCCGAGUUCCUAUUCGUGCUGUGCAAGGAGAGCGUGUCCCGGUUUGUGAAGUACACGGGCUAUGGGAAUGCCGCUGGGCUCCUGGCAGCACGAGGCCUCAUGGCCGGGGGCCGGGAGGAGGGAGAGUACUCGGAAGAUGAGGACACGGACACAGAGGAGUACAAAGAGGCAAAGCCUAACAUUAACCCUGUGACAGGACGUGUUGAAGAGAAACUGCCCAACCCCAUGGAAGGGAUGACUGAGGAGCAGAAGGAAUAUGAGGCCAUGAAGUUAGUCAACAUGUUUGACAAAUUGUCCAGAGAGCAGGUGAUCCAGCCCAUGGGCAUCACGCCGGGCGGCAGCCUGGCACCCAUGCACAGCACCCUGCGCGACGCGGCUGAGGACAGGUCCUCGUCCGACUCGGACCUGGGGCUGGACUGAGCUGGGAGCCCCCCCGCUGCUCCGGGACUGAGCUGGGAGCCCCCCCGCUGCUCCGGGACUGAGCUGGGAGCCCCCCCCGCUGCUCCGGGACUGAGCUGGGAGCCCCCCCCGCUGCUCCGGGACUGAGCUGGGAGCCCCCCCCGCUGCUCCAGGAUUGAGCUGGGAGCCCCCCCCGCUGCUCCAGGAUUGAGCUGGGAGCCCCCCCCGCUGCUCCAGGAUUGAGCUGGGAGCCCCCCCGCUGCUCCAGGAUUGAGCUGGGAGCCCCCCCGCUGCUCUGGGACUGGUGCUGCACCAGAGGCUGGUGCUGGGCCAGGACCCGCAUCCAGCCUGGAGCCCUCACAGCCCCGCACAGGAGGACCUCCUGCCUCUUCCCAGCUCCUCACCUCCACUCCUGCCCAAGGCCUGGCUCCACCUCGAGGAUUUCACGCUCCAAACUGCUUCCAGGACUUCCCAGUAGGAUGGUUUUUAAUACAGGAUAUUUGGGAGGAAGGGGCGGGGGCGAAGAUCUUGGUCACACCAUCGGGGUUCAGCACCCUGCAGAGCAUCGUGUGUGUGUGCAGCACUGUCAGUGUGAGCGGGUGAGUGUGGCCAGCCCGGGGGGGGAGCUGCUCCCCGGGAUCACGGGUGGGAAUUGGGGGGCUGCAGGAAAGGGGGUGAGUGGUGGCAAACAGCUCCUGGGGAGCAGCCUGGGGGUGUCUCGGCACAGUGCAGCCCUGUCACCUGCAGGCAGCUCUGUGUGUGUGAUGGUGUCUGUGCACAGGCAGGGGAGUGUGGACGUGUGAGUGUAGUGAGCGAGGGCAGCAGCAGCGUGUGCACUGCAGGGAGCAGGGUGAAGCCUUCGUGUGAAGCUUCCAGCAUUCCCAUCGCCAACAUUCCCAUCCAGCUCCCACCCACAUGAGAAGCAAACGGUGCUGGCCGGGAGCACGCUGCCGUUCAGCCCCUGGCGCUGUGCAGUGCUCCUCUUACCUCCCAGCUCAGUCUCUGCCAUGGGCCUUUCCCCAUCCUGAGCUUCCCGAAGGAAAGGCCAGACUGUGCUUUGUGUGCUGCCCUCGCCUGCCUUGGCUUCCCCAGGGACACCCAGGGCUGGUGCCCGCCCUGCCCUUCGCUGUGGCUUUAGGUUUGUCUUGUUCUGGUUUGGUUGAUUUCUUUUUAAAGAGAACUAUUUUAAAGAAAACCUUUUAGUCUGUGUCACGUCCCAGAGAUCCUGAACUUCCUGUCACGAGUAGGAAUGCAGAAGUGAUGCUGGAAUAAAGAAACCACAAUGAGCUCA